AUAAAAAAUGGCAUUCACAGGACUCAACUGGCAACAUUUGAUAGGCACAUUAUGGGAUGCUAACCGCAUGAUUGAUACAAUGGUCACAGCGAUUGCUGGAAGCAGUGGUAGCCGAGAAGGAUCGGCAGAUUCAAGACAUUCUGGUAGUUCGUCUGAUGGAGCGAUUGUAGCAGGUCCUAACAAACGUCUUGUGGUCCUGAAACGAAAAAGCGAGGACGAUGAUGCUCCGGAUGGAGCUGCAAAGACGAAGAAACAUUGCGAGGAUACAGAUUCAAUAGCAUCAGAAUCGUCCUGUAACGAUGCAGAAGACACGAAAGGAUCAAUUCGAUUCCUCUCUUCCCUCACCAACGUGAUAAUAAAACCACUGGUGAAGCCCAGCCCAGUGUACAAUGGUGCAGAUGAAUGGGUGCCGAAGGAUAUGGAUGAAAUCGCCGAAUUUCCGAUGGAAUCCGUGGACAAGUACAAGAAAGUUCACCCGAACGUGGAGGCGCCGAAGAAGUUCAAGCUUGUCAAUGGAGAAUUCUCCGUUGUGGCCAGUUUGGAGACACUAACAAAAGAGAUGAACGCCCGAGUCGCUGAACAAUCUUCCCCGGACCAUCACAAGCGGGAGGACUCACGAGAGGAACGGCUCACCAAAAAUGAGCUCACCGAUAAUGAGGAUCCGAAGAAGAAAAAAGAGAAAGAUCUCAGAGCAAAAGAAGAGGAGGAGUUGAAGAACAAACCGUUGUACCAUCUGGCGAUUACUCUGUACAAUGAGAAUAAUGAGAAAUAUGUCAUGUCGCUUUUCAGAAGUCACAAGCUCGCCGACGUGGUUGCUCUGUGCGAACGGUGUCGUGAAAAUCCAGAGCUUUUUCGCGUUUUUCCGAAAAAUGUGAACAUCAAGGACUACUUGCACACAAUUUUCCACGAGCUUCGGGACAAUAUGACAUGGAAGUCUGUUCAUAUCUCGUCGAAAAUUGGAUUAUUGGAAUAUUUCGAGAAUAUGAAGGAGCACAAGCUGAAGAAAUAUCUCAACUUGAUCGUUCAACCCGAAGGUCUUUCACCGCUCAUGAUUGCCGUUCAAAAUACACAAAUCGAAACGGUUAGCUGGAUGCUUGAUCAUGGCGCCGACAUCAACAUACUCUCCUCGGAAGGUCAAAAUGUGCUUCACGUGGCUGCCACUGCAUCAUCAGGAGAUUUAAUUAAAAUCCUAUGGGAGACGAAGAAAUGCGAGACAAUGAUUAAUCAAACGGAUUCGAAUGGCUAUACGCCAGCCUACGUGGCACUUAUCAACGCGUGUCUGUCGAAUUGUCAAACUUUGAGAGGAUUUGGUGGUGGAAUACAAUCGUCCGAUUCAACUCAGAUGGCGAAUCCGAUUAUAGGAGCAAUGAAACGUGGAAAGCUCGACGAGGUGUCACUCAGAAAAAUGCUCGAGCUGAAGCAGGACGGGUUGACAGAGACUGAGCCAACUACAGGGAAUACCGUAAUCCAUUGUGCUAUCAAUAAGAAGUGCCUUAUCUUGUUGAUGGAGAAAUUCCGCGAUCAAACGGAUCCAGAAGCUCGAAAUGCUCUCCAACAGACUCCACUCCACACAUUUGUUAUCAAAGAUGAGCUCGGUCUUGUGAUGACUCUGAGUGCAUAUGGUGUCGAUAUGGAUGCUCAGGAUAUCAAUGGAAAUACUCCGUUGCACUGUGCGGUUACGCGUGGUAACACCGAAAUUGCCCGAAUGUUGUUGUGCCUCGGAGCCAAACCGGACAUUAAGAAUCGCUACAAGGAAUCGCCACGUCACAUUGCCGCCCGACUUACAGAAAAAGAAGCAAAAAUGGACAUAGUACGUGCUCUGAUAAUCUGCGGCGCUGGUGCAUGCGAUGAUGGAUUCAUUGGAUGCGCAUUCGGAUGUAUGCAUAAGACUGGUCUGACGUCAUGCAAAACCCAACUGGGUUCCUCGUCAAGCGACGAACAAAGUAUGGAGGAUCGUGUCAAGGAUAUUCAUGUCAGUGAUAAUGCUGCAUCGGCUCCAUAUGAAUUUGUACUUGAUCCGGAUACUCAACUCGUUGAAGAAGCAUACGCAGAGAGAAAUGAAACAAGAGCAUUUCCACAUGAAGAAGCUUUGAAAAGAGUUAAGAAUAAGUUGAAGGAGUUGGUGGAAAAGAAGAAAACGUCAAAUGUGAUUAAUGUGCUCGGAUUGGAUGGUGGAGGUAUUCGUGGACUCGUUACUGUUCAGAUGCUCAUCUGCCUGGAAGCCUUCCUGGAUCGUCCGCUCAUCGACUAUUUCGAUUGGAUCGGUGCCACGUCUACCGGAUGCUAUAUCAUGUCGACUAUGAUGACUGGUGGCUCACUUCGAAAAGCUCAAAGAUACUAUCUGAUGUUCAAAGAUCAACUAUUCGAUAGUUGGACACGUCCAUACGACACAAAAACGCUGGAAACAUUCAUUCAGAGAGCUUUCGGAGCCGAUCGAUUGAUGGGAGAUAUCAAGUAUCCGAGAUUCUUCUGUACCACCGUCCGCGCCGACACAUUUCCCGUUCAACUGGAGCUUCUCCGAAACUAUCGACUUCCGAUUUCUGAAAAGGAGAAUAAUGAUUUAGGAUUUACCGAUCCGAAUGAACUGACAAUCUGGAAAGCUACUCGACGAAGCAGCGCUGCUCCAACAUACUUCUCAGCUUCCGAGGGAAAGUUUAUCGAUGGUGGAAUGAUCUCGAACAAUCCGGUGCUCGAUUUGAUGUCCGACAUUGGAUUCUACAAUACUACGUGUCAGAAGAUGAGGAUUCCCGAAAAAAUGGUCGACAUGGGCUGUGUGCUGUCUGUUGGCACUGGAAUCACCCCGAUCUGCCCGGUUGAUCCGUCGGUUUUCGAGAUGAAUGAUCUAUUCGGAAUGCUACGUGGUAUGAAGAAUCUCUCGUUGGUCGUCAUUGAUCAGGCAACUGCGACCGAAGGAGCCCCGAUCACUAGGAGCAGAACUUGGUGUCAUUCAUUGGGUGUACCAUACUAUCGACUUAAUGCACCUAUUUUCAAGGACGUCAUUCUCGACACCAACGACGAUUACGAUUUGGCAAAGAUUAUGUGGGAUUCUGUGGUCUAUUCGCAUACGCAUAAGAAGGAUUUCCAAGAGCUAGCCGAGCUUCUGAAAACAGUUGGAACGGUUGAUGAGAGAAAGGAGCUGCUGAAAAUCUAAUUCAUUGUUUCGAGUUUCCCACUUUUUUCUUGAUUUAAAUGCUUAUCAUUUUUCUUCACUUUACUAAAAUCUAAUGCCUGAGUUCCGAAAGCUUUAAAAUGUUUCUGUAAUCAUGCCGGUUUUGUAUAUAAAUCAAUUUGUUGUUGAAUUGUUUUAUUAAUGAAAUAAAUUAAAGAUAGAGUA